AUGGACGGACCGCCGCCACCCCCGCCGCCUCAUGGCGAAAAUCCCCAUACGACUGAAGGCGAAUAUCGCAAAUCCUCCGACCUCCCAGAUGGCAACUAUGACAUCUUCAUUAUACCGCCUCACUCUGCUGGCUCGGGCUUCGUCUACCUCCCCUCUCUCCAAUGCAAUCGCAACAGCUUCCUGGCAGGUGUGGCAAGUACACUCCUGGUCAUGCUAGUGUGGUCCUUUAUAUCCCCUAUCGUGAAAGCAUGGUACCUGGCCACUGUUUCUAGUGGCAGUGGUACAGGUAUGGCAGUGCUUGCAAUCGGAGUCGGCUUGGCUGGGUGGGCUUUUGGAUCUACCCAGUCAAACCGCUCGGGAGCUAAAGGCAAUGGCAGCGCUCGAGGACGUUUCGGUGGUGGUUCUGGCGGUCCCGGCGGUCCUGGUGGUCCUGGAAAUGGCGGACCAAAUACCAACCAACAGUCCUCGGGCGCGAACUACGGAGGCAACGGAGCGGGCCAGCAGCAGCAGCAACGCGGAGGAAAUUAUGGUGGAGGUCAAGACUACGGCAACCAAUAUUCCGGUAAUCAAUAUCGCUCUGGUCCUCCUCCGAAUUCUGAUGAUAACACUCGUGAAAAGGAGGAGGCUGAAAAGCGCGCCAGAGAGGAACGGGCGAAGGAGGAACGGGCGAAGGAGGAACGGGCGAAAGAAGAACGAGCGAAAGAAGAGCGGGCGAAAGAAGAACGGGCGAAAGAGCGCGCUAGGGAAGAGCGUGCUCGGGAGGAACGCGCUAGGGAGGAACGGAUUAGGACAGAGAGAGCAAAGGAGGAGCGUGCAAGAGAGGAGCGUGCAAAAGAAGAACGCGCCAGACAAGAGCGUGCCAAGGAAGAGCGUGCCAGAGAGGAGCGCGCAAAGGAACGCGCGAGGGAGGAGGCUGAACGCGAGCGAGUUAAGGAAGAAGCGAGACGAAAAGAGGAGUUACGUCGAAAGAUGGAUGAGUUCAAGCGCAAACGGGAUGCCGAAGCCAAAGAGAAGGAGAAGCAGCGUGAGCGCGAAGCAAUGGAGAAAGAACUCAAGGAGCGUCGCGAGCAACUUGAAAAGGAGAUGGCUGCUGCAAGAGCUGCAGUCGAGAAGGAAGCUCGCGAGAAAUUGGAGAAGGAGGUCGCCGAGGCUAAAGCCAAGGCCGAUAGACUGGAGGCAGAGGCAAAAGCUAAGGCUGAGAAGCUGGAGGCAGAGGCCAAAGAACGGGCCGCUAAAGAAGCCGCCGAAAAAGAAGCCGCCGCAAAGGCCGCCGCCCAGAAAGAGGCCAUGGCCAAAUUUGCGGCGCUCAAGGAGGCAGCAAGCAAAAAAUACGCUGAGAAGAAGGCCGAAGAGGCAAGGCAAGCAGCUGCAGCUAAAUCACCGCCGCCCAAGCCAGCGAGUACUACCAACGUGCCGCGAACUCCUUCUCCAAAGAAACCACCCCACCCAACAGCUAAGACUGCAGACGACGAUGCGUAUUCUUUUCGCCCCUACGACCGACCAAGGCGACCAUACGCAGCUGGCACUUCAGUAUACUCCGAGUCUUCGUACGCGCCUUCUCACUCGACUGCGCGCACAACACCUCCCCCCUCUCAUCGCAGCUCAUAUUCCACCAAGGAUCCAGACAAGAUCGUGAUCCAAGGAGUAUACGCUUUCAACAACGCCUUUAUGAAAACACCCAUAGCCCAGCUCGUCUCAGGGCAGGGCAUGAUCACAGACGGCCUAGUGCUGCGGAUAACAACCGAAGGACUCUUCAUCGACGACGAUCUGCGAGGCAUUGGCCAGCGCGAAUGGGACGUCAAAGCCUGGACUCUCAAGCUGGCAGAAGUGUGGUGUCCGCAAGUGAACGCAACCACUUCUGCCAAGCCCGCAUCCAGCAAUCCUUUCUCGUUCCGUCGUGGAAACACCGUGCCCACAAACGAGGAAUCCGAAGCUUUCCUCGCCAAUCUGCUCAAAGUCUGCAAGAACAAGUGUCGUCUAGCUUCUCCCAGUGCAUGCUUCGCUCGCAGUGCCACAGACAGUAACACUGGUGGCCCUGUUAAUGCCCCGAAAGCAGAGUUCCAUGGUCUGCAUAUUCUCCGUGCCAGUGUGCGUGAUCAAGAAGGCAAGAAAUACGUCUUUGUGUUACAUGAUACCGAGGCCUGGAAGGUCGCUAUCGGUUUGCAGCGGCUUCGAGCUGGAGCUCUGGUGCGCUCGCUGGGCGUCUCCGGGUUACCCAAUCCUGAAUGUAAAACUAUGCUCAGUUCUCUGGGCUAUGUUUGA